UUUCAUCUCCAAAAUUUGCACCAGAAGAUUUUAAAACUUAGCAUAAAAUUUAAAUUUUUUAAAAAGAAAAGUUAGAAAACAUCAUAUAAUCUGAUAGGAAAAUAAUCUCUCACUGGCAUUCACAUAGUAUCAUAACCUAGGAUAAGAUAAAAAAUGAUGAAGAUACUCUUCAAAAUAAGAAAAAAAAAAGGUAACUUAAAGACAAUAAUUUAGUUUUAUGCUGCAUUAAUUCAAUCUUUUACACUUAAAAUAUUAUGUAGAUGUUUCUUCUUCCAUAAAGAAAUCACACAAUAAUUGUAGUAUUUCAGAAUGACAAUAACUAAUGCAUUUCAAUGUUUAACUACGUGAAACUGCCUGGGGUGUUACCAUUAUGCAAUACUCUUGAAAACAUCAGAUAACUAUUCAAUAAUUGGCACUUUGACCCACUAUCAAGACUAAGGAAAUUAAAUUCUAAGUGAAAAAAGACAGAUCACAAUUACAGAUUAUAAAAAAUGAGUGGGUGUGGCUUGGCUAACCACAAAGGAUCACAUAGUUUGGUUUUCUAAGGACCUUAGCUUGGGAAAACUGUAGAUGUCAGAGAGAGACUGCUACAGGAGGCAUAUCCUUAGAAAGAGUUUGGAUUCAGUAGAAGAAACACAUCUCCACAAAUCCAAAUUUUCAGAAGAAGUCAUACACAAAUAAAAAGAAAAAAUUAAAAAAAGACAAGACCAAGAUAGCCAAAAUCCAGUGAGAAGUUAAAAUUUUGAUAAAAUGUUGGUGAUUACUGAGAUAUUUAUAGCUCUAGUAGUGUGUCUCCUGAUUUUGCAGUUCCUCAAGCUGCAAUGGAUGCGAACCCAGCUUCCUCCAGGACCAGUUCCCCUCCCCAUCAUUGGAAAUUUGUGGCUGCUGGACUUCAAACUUCGCCGAGAAACGCUCAGUAAGUUAACCAACAUCUAUGGAAACAUCUACACACUGUGGAUGGGACAGACACCUCUGGUUGUGCUGAAUGGAUACAAAGCAGUAAAAGAUGGCAUUGUCACCCACUCAGAAGAAGUUUCUGGAAGACCUCUCACCCCUUUCUACAGAGACAUGAUGGGAGAGAAAGGUAUUUUCCUGACAAAUGGCCACACCUGGAAGCAGCAGAGACGCUUUGGCAUGACAGUUAUAAGAAGUCUGGCACUUGGUAAGAACAAUUUGGAGCAUCAAAUUCAAACAGAGGCCUGUCAUCUUGUGGAUAUCUUCGCAAAUACAAAAGGCAAACCUUUUGACCCCCACACUUCCAUCGUCCGUGCAAUUGCAAAUAUCAUUUGUGCUGUUGUUUUCGGUCACUGCUUCUCCAGUGAGGAUGAAUCUUUCAGUAAACUCAUCAAAGCUAUUUAUUUUGUGAUCUACUUUCAAGGUACUAUCUGGGGCAGGCUGUACGAUGCUUUCCCAUGGCUCAUGCACCAUCUGCCAGGGCCUCAUCAGGAGGUGUUUGCAUACAAUGACUUCAUGCACAGAUUAGUCAUGAAAGAGGUCCAGGCUCAUGAGAGAUACAACACAGGUGAUCCACAGGAUCUCAUUGACUUCUACCUGGCUCAAAUAACAAAAACCAAGGACGACCCUACUUCUACAUUCAAUAAAGAAAAUAUGGUUCAGACUGUGGUUGACCUUUUGCUUGGAGGGACAGAAACAACAAGCACCACACUUCUCUGGGCACUGCUCUACAUGGUACAAUACCCAGAAAUACAAGACAAAGUUCAAAGAGAGAUAGAGGCUGCUCUGGAACCCUCCCAUGUCAUCAGCUAUGAAGACCGUAAGAAGCUGCCCUACACAAACGCUGUGAUUCAUGAGGCUUUGCGCUACAGCAACGUCACCUCUGUUGGGGUCCCUCGACAGUGCCUGAAGAGCACAACUCUGCUGGGUUUCCACAUUAAAAAGGGCACGCUUGUGUUGCCAAAUCUGCACUCUGUGGUGUAUGACACUGAGCACUGGGCAACCCCUUGGAAGUUUAACCCAGAUCAUUUCCUAGAUUUGGAUGGCAACUUUGUGAACAAAGAGGCAUUCUUACCUUUCUCAGCAGGGCACCGUGUAUGUUUGGGGGAACAGAUGGCACGAGUUGAACUGUUCAUCUUCUUUACCAACCUCCUUCGGGCAUUUACAUUCCAGCUCCCUGAGGGAGUAAAGGAAAUCAAUCUGGAGUACAUUUUGGGUGCAAUACUGCAGCCACAUCCAUACAAACUUUGUGCUAUUCCACGCUAG